AUGGCUAUAAAAGAAGUAAUCCACAUACACAUUGGUCAGUCCGGGGUACAAAUAGCAAAUGCGUGCUGGGAACUUUAUUGUCUUGAGCAUGGAAUCAGAUGUGAUGGCAUUUUAGCCUUCUCAAACAAUGAAUCAGGCCAUGAAGCCUUUUUCAGCGAAACAGGUGCCGGCAAAGUUGUGCCUAGGGUUGUAAUGAUCGACUUGGAGCCGACACCAAUUGAUGAAAUAAGAACGGGGGCAUAUAGGGAAUUGUUUCAUCCCAAUACCUUGAUUACCGGGAAAGAAGAUGCGGCAAGCAAUUUUGCACGUGGCUACUUUGGUGUCGGUCGAGAGAUGCUCGAUCUAGCGCUUAACAGAAUUAGAUUAGUGGCUGAAGGGUGUAAUCAUCUCCAAGGAUUCAUAAUCUUCCGUUCCUAUGGAGGGGGAACUGGCUCUGGAUUCACUGCUUUAUUACUCGAAGGUCUAGUAAAAGAUUAUGGGAAAUUAUCUAAAAUUGAGUUCUCUAUAUAUCCAGCGCCAAAAAUAUCACCAAUAAUUGUUGAACCAUACAAUUCUGUGCUUACGGCGCAUGCUUGCAUGGACACUGAAGAUAUAUCCUUCAUUUUUGAUAACGAAGCGCUGUAUGAUAUCUUGGCAAGAUCAUUAGAAGUUCCGCGUCCAACUUACACAAAUCUUAACAGACUUAUCGCUCAGGUAUCAUCGUGUAUGACGGCUUCAAUGAGGUUUGAAGGUUCCUUAAACGUGCAGCUAGUAGAAUUCAGAACCAAUUUAAUCCCAUAUCCUAGAAUACAUUAUCCUUUAAUAACGUUUGCACCAUUUGUGUCAGCUUACAAAGCAAUGCAUGAAACAAACACUACCCAACAAUUAAUGAUGCAGUGUUUUGAACCUAGCAAUCAAAUGGUCAAAUGUGACCCAAGACUUGGACAGUACAUGUCAUGCUGUUUGCUAUUCAGAGGGGAUGUCAACACAAAUGAUAUAAAUACUGCAAUAAAUCAAAUAAAAGGAAUGAGAUCAAUUAAAUUUGUGUCAUGGUCUCCUACUGGAUUCAAGAUUGGCGUCAACUAUAUGCCACCAGCGACAGUUCCUGGUGGUGAUCUGGCCGCUUUACAAAGAGCAGUCGUAAUGGUGUCAAACACUUCAGCCAUACGAACAGCGUGGGAGCGACUUAGUAAAAAGUUUUCUUUAAUGUAUGCCAAACGCGCCUUUGUACACCAUUUUGUUGGAGAAGGCCUCGAAGAAGGUGAAUUCCAGACUGCCCUCCGAAAUAUCAAAGCAUUAUCCAACGACUACAAAGAAGUUGAGGGAUGA